GAGUCGGCGGUGACGGCAGUUGCGACUCGACCAGCGCGCGCGUCGUUUCGUUUCGGUUUGUGUGUGUACUCUCUCGUGUAAUUUACCAAAGCAUUUUUUACGUGUCCAACGAAAUUCCUUUUUUUUGUUUUGUGCCGUGAUUCAGAUUCCAACAGGACAGUGUAUUCGGUGGUGUUUUUUAGUGUUACUUUUCUGUGUUUUAACGUUCGUUCCGUGCCACCGUAGAGGAAUUUUUUUGUGUUAUAAGAGGAUUGUUGCUUUUGGACGAAUACAACCCAGUACCCGAUCCAGAUUACGUUUCUGGAAUGACGAUCGAAGCGGCGAUGACGAGGAUCAAGAGCGAUCGUUGAUCGGUGAUACAGCUGGCUGCGGGGCCACUCGCUUCCAAAAUGAGCGCGUCGUUGCGAGUUUUGGCGCUGAUCAGCUUAGCCGCGCAAAACCUCGCCUGGCCUCAAGAUCCUGUUCCCAGGCUGCACGUCAAACACCGGGAUGUGGUUGGCCAGCGGUUCCUAGGAAACGAGAGCCACGUGGAGCACUUCAAGCUCCUGGAGCGCGCGUCCACUUCCAUCCUGAUUGGCGCCAGGAACGCCAUUUACAACAUAAGUCUGCAUGACCUAACGGAGAUCGUCGACCAGAGGUUGCAGUGGUCCAGCAGCAGGGCGCAUCGUGAACUUUGUUAUCUGAAAGGACGUAGCGAGGACCAGUGUCAGAAUUACGUACGAGUAUUUGGCAGACAAGGACCUGAUCGAUUUCUUGUUUGUGGAACGAACGCGUACAAGCCACAAUGCAGGCAGUUCACCAUCAAGGAUGGCGCAUAUGUGAAGGAGAGCGAUAUGGACGGGUUGGGUCUUUGCCCUUACGAUCCGAGGCACAACAGUACGGCUGUAUUUGUCGAGGGACAGCUGUACGCCGCGACAGUGGCCGACUUUUCCGGUGGAGAGCCACUGAUUCACAGGGAGAAGAUCCGCACCGAGCGCUCCGAUCUGAACCAGCUGAACGGUCCAAAUUUCGUUAGUUCCUUCGCCUAUGAGGAGUACGUCUUCUUCUUCUACCGUGAGACAGCAGUUGAAUACAUGAAUUGUGGCAAGGCGGUGUACUCACGAGUGGGUAGAGUGUGCCAGCACGACAAGGGCGGACCUCAUGCGUUCAGCGACAGAUGGACGAGCUUCCUGAAAGCGAGGCUCAACUGUUCUGUGCCCGGCGAAUACCCUUUCUAUUUCAAUGAAAUACAGUCAACGAGCGACGUCACGGAAGGUGUUUACGCGGGGGAGCGCGCCCGGUUGGUUUAUGGGGUGUUUACGACCCCUGUGAAUUCGAUCGGAGGCUCGGCCGUUUGUGCUUUCUCCAUGAAGAACGUCCUAGAAGUGUUCCAAGGUGCGUUCAAGGAACAGGAAACCAUCAACAGUAAUUGGCUCCGGGUGCUUUCGAAGAACGUACCAGAACCCAGGCCUGGUGCGUGCGUGAAGGACUCGAGGACACUUCCGGACGCGACGGUGAAUUUUGUUAAAGCGCAUCCCCUCAUGGACGACGCUGUUCAGUCCUUUUUCGCUUUGCCCGUCGUGACUAAAGUCAGCUUCAAUUACAGAUUCACCAAAGUCGCGGUGGAUCCUCAGGUAAAAGCUCUAGAUGGAAAGGCGUAUGACAUUCUUUAUGUAGGAACAGACGACGGUCGAGUUCUGAAAGCGCUUAACACUCGCGCACCGGAUUCCCUAAGCAACGUAGGCCAGGUCAUCGUUAGCGACGUUCAAGUACUGAAAUACGGACAAGCGAUUAAGGACCUGCUGGUAGUUCACCUGGCAGGGGAAGCGAGCAAAUUGGUCGUCUUUGCUGACUCGGAAAUCCGUGCUGUUCCUCUUCAUCACUGCGACGCCCAAGCAGCGGCCACCUGUGCGUCUUGCGUGGCUCUUCAGGAUCCACACUGUGCAUGGGACGCCAUUAAGAACCUAUGUGUUGCCGUGUCCACGAAACUACACGACAGCGAUGCCGACAAAACCCUGUUCCAGGACAUUUUGACCGGGAAACACAAGGGUUGCGGUUACGAGCAAGAGAUGGCGAAGCCCGUGCAGCCAGCGGUUCUGCACGAAAACGGUCGGGAGCAGCCCGAUGAACGGGACAAUGAAAUCGUCAUCGAGCUGGAUCGGGAAAAUCAGUACGGUCGUACGCAGCCACGAGCUAACGAGCCUCAAGACGUGAUCGCGACCCCGGUGGUGUACUCAGCCCAGACACUGACCGGUGCGCUGAUAGGAACUUGCUUCUUCUCGCUGGUAGCCGGCUUCGCUUCCGGCUUCUGGUUCUCCCAGAGGCUCCGAGGCGCUCCCUAUCCAGAACCGUCCGAGCAACGGCAACAGUUGAACAGAUUGACGGAGAGCUCGGAAUCACCUGGUUUUAAUAAUAAAUCCAUCAACUUGGUCCUGAACGUGCCUCCGAAGAAUCCGAACGGCAAGAAUGCCAACUCUUCCGCUGAGAACAAACCCGUACAGAAGGUGAAGAAGACGUACAUAUGAUAUAGACGACGACACAGGGCCGUCUGAGGCUUGCCGCA